AGUGCUGUGGCAACGCUGGUCCUUAUCUCGGGGGCCAAGCGUCGCCCUGCGAGUGUGUGGUGUCAUUUCCCUAAACAACGCGGGUCCGGUUGCACUUCGGUUCUUCACUUCCACAUUUCUCGGUCUCCACCGGGGCAGAGGUCGUGGAACUCUUUUCCUCCUCUAACUUUUAGGCGCGGCUGACAGAGUGGAGAUAACAUUUCCUUCCACCAUGGACAACAGUGGAUUUAUAACAUUAACAAGUGAAGGGCGUAAUAAAUUACACACCUCUGCUUUGUAGAGAGACCAUGGGAACAUCACUGAUUUUCUUUUCUCAAUUAAACAUGUGUGAGUCAAAGGAAAAAACUUUUUUCAAGUUAAUACACAGUUCAGCAAAAGAAGAAGCGAGCAAAGACGCCAAAAUCAGAGCCAAGGAAAAGAGAAACCGGCUGAGUCUCCUCCUGCAGAAAGCAGAGUUCCAUGAGGAGCCACUCCCCGGCAGACCUGGGCCCUUGGCCAGAGACACCAGAGUCUGCCCCGAGGAAGCGGUGAGAUGGGGUGAAUCGUUCGAAAAGCUGCUCUCCCAUAAAGAUGGGCUGGAGACUUUUACGAGGUUUCUGAAAACCGAAUUCAGCGAGGAAAACAUUGAGUUUUGGAAGGCCUGCGAGGACUUCAAGAAAAGCAAAGACCCUCAGCAAAUUCUCUUUAAAGCACAAGCAAUAUAUGAGAAAUUUAUCCAGACUGAUGCGCCGCAAGAGGUUAACCUUGACUUUCACACCAAAGAGCUCAUCGCCCAGAGCAUCGCACAGCCCACCCUCCGCAGUUUCGACGCUGCGCAGAGCCGAGUGCACCAGCUCAUGGAGCAGGACAGUUACAAGCGCUUCCUAAAGUCCGACGUCUACGUGGGCUUGGUGGAAGGCAGGCCUCCCAGACCCAGCAACCUGAGGAGGCGGUCCCGCUCCUUCACCUACAACGAAUUCCAGGACGUGAAGUCGGACGUCUCCAUUUGGCUGUAAGGGAGGCUAACUUGGCUCACAUGGGCCGCAAGCUUGUCCAUCUGCUUCUAAGACGCGGCGUGCGUGGUAGCAAACGGGUCCCUCAUUUAGAAUGAAACACGUUGUGUGAAGGGAUCUUAGGAGGGUGGAUCAAAACUUUUCCUCUAACGAUACGAACCGCACUGGCCCAUUUGCUGUGUAACACCUUUCAUUAGACUCCAUUCCCUUCGUAAUCCGAAAACUAGAUGCUAACAGACACUGAUGAAUAAAUAUAACCAAAAAGUAAUAUAUAUGGUACCUUAAAUUAUGAAGUACAUUCACUGAAAGGUCAAUACAUAGACAAAACUUUGUAUCUGUAUUAUUCUUAAGCCUAUCUAUUGCAAAAUAUAAUAAAUACAUUCUCUAAAAAAAAAUCACAUAAUCAUGAAGAAAAUGAGAACUUUGCGACUGAGUCUAUUUUUUGCUAGCCAAUUUAGGACAUAUUUCAUUCUUUUCUAUGUUUUGUUUGUUUUCUUGUCCAAGUGAAUGUUUUGCAAAGAAUUUUAAGUAACGGAAGUUUUCAGGAUGUUAUACCCACACAUAGAUAUAUAUCAACAGUUUGAUUUUUAAGAGAUAAAUAAUAAUCCUAAUUAUUCUUCAGUUGACUAAAUAAGUGUAAUUUCUCUACCACACUACACUGUUUCUCCCUCAUUAAGAAAAAUCCUUAGGCAAAUGUUGUAGGUGUGAUAAAAAGAUAAUAUUUAUACUUUACAGAAGAUGCUGAUUAGAAAAUUAGUGUGACAAACAACAGGUAAAAAGGGACUGGAGACAAAUAAAGUCAAUAAAAUAACUACACACUGUUUUAAAAGUCAUGUGAGAAGCAUUUUGAAUCCCUGAACGCUGAAAAUAUUAUUGAUUGUGUUCAUUCCAGCAACUAUAAGAACCUGCCUAAAAAAGGAAAAUACAUCAUUGAAUCUUCACUUUCUUAUUUUUCACACAGAAUCUCUGAAGCUUUUAGAAACUCAGGCAUAACUUAAACUGGGCCUCCAUUUUUUUAAAUACCCAAGUCAGGAAAUGUAUCUCUAAAGGUAGAGUCACAUAAUCAUCACAGCAAAAUAAUGUGUUAGUGUCUACUAGGUAUCAGGAUUCUCUUCUACUAAAACACAGCCUCAGGUGAGUAUAUCAAACACACCAACCUCUCCAAGUCAUCUCGUUGAUGUUGCCGGAAAUUAAACCUUAAAUCAGAACUUAAUCUGAAAGUAGGUUAUUUCCUUCAAAUUUACUUUUGCUGAUAUUGUCAAUAUGUACAGUGAACAGACUCAUGCAUACACAUAAUUGUUGAUAGAAAUGCAAACUACAUUUUAGAAACAAUUGUUUUAGAUCUUAUUUUAUUCAUAAAAUGCUAAAGAUACUAUAAUUUAAUUGGUAAUAUUUGGAGCAAUAAAAAUUCAGAUGAUUUUAUUUUGCAGAAAAAAUGAGCUAUGUAUAUUGGCAUGGUAUCUGAACUUGUUACCCAUCAUUUCAGUCAUAGGUACACAUAUAAAUGUACACAGUUCCAGACUUCCAGAUUCUUGGAAGGAUUGAGAUACUUAAUAAUUAGCUUUAUAGUAAAAUUGCUUAUUUAAUUCAAUUCAUACUCAGUAUUUAAAUACUACGUUUAGAAAAUUCUGUCUGGCUUUUAUACUGAAGGUAUAUGUUACGUGUUGAAUGGAUGCAUCUCUUAAAUUCAUUUUUAAGUAUAAGCUACCUUAAUUUUUAGAUAUUUACUUGGAUCAUUUUUAAAAGAUUUAAUUGGAGCUGUUGGUUUAUUCCUUUGUUUUACAAAAACCCUCAUUGCUUCUUCUGAAUACUCUCUAAUUGCGUCCAGGGUUUUAAUGCACCUAUAAAAUAAAUGCAGGAAUGGCUAACACUGGCUAAAAUUAAAAUGAUAAGAAGCAAACAUUGAAAUUGAUCACAGAGGUCAACUUUUGUCUUCCACGUUUUAAGGCUGAGUCUGGCAAAAAUAUAAACGGUUAUUUGCUCAGCUCACUUCAAAAGACAAGUGAUGGUUCAGAUCAGACUUGAACAAG